CUCCCCCCCCAUUUUUUUUUUUUUUUGGUGUGUGUUUUUGUUUUGUUUUGUUUUGUUUUGAUAUUCUUGCCGUGUUGGAACUAGCAAGUGGUGAAGUGGUGGAGUCUCCGAAGCCUCAUCAGUCAUCGGACUGUCAGGAAUAGUGGUUUAAGAGGAAGCUCUCGGCCUGGGGCACUAUACCCUGUCAUCCAGUUCCCUGCCUCGGAGAUAAAGAUUCCAGCUACAUGGGCAAACGCCUGGAUCAGCCACAAAUGUACCCCCAGUACACUUACUACUAUCCUCAUUAUCUCCAAACCAAGUCCUAUGCACCAGCUCCCCACCCCAUGGCUCCUCCCAGCCCCAGCACAAACAGCAGCAGCAACAACAGCAGCAGCAACAGCGGCGGGGAACAGUUGAGUAAAACCAACCUAUACAUCCGAGGCCUUCCGCCAGGCACCACGGACCAGGACCUCAUCAAGCUGUGCCAACCGUAUGGAAAAAUUGUAUCCACAAAGGCAAUUCUUGACAAAAACACAAAUCAAUGCAAAGGUUAUGGUUUUGUAGAUUUUGACAGUCCUGCAGCGGCACAAAAAGCUGUAGCAUCCCUCAAGGCAAAUGGUGUGCAGGCACAAAUGGCCAAGCAACAAGAACAAGAUCCAACAAAUCUGUACAUCUCGAAUCUGCCCAUUUCUAUGGAUGAGCAGGAGCUUGAGAAUAUGCUGAAGCCCUUCGGACAUGUCAUCUCCACAAGAAUACUGAGAGAUGCUAACGGAGUCAGCAGAGGUGUUGGCUUUGCCAGAAUGGAGUCUACUGAAAAAUGUGAAGUGGUAAUUCAACAUUUUAAUGGAAAAUAUCUGAAAACACCACCAGGCAUCCCAGCCCCCAGUGAGCCUUUACUGUGCAAGUUCGCAGAUGGAGGACAAAAGAAGAGACAGAAUCAAAGCAAAUAUACCCAGAAUGGGAGGCCUUGGCCCAGAGAAGGAGAGGCUGGCAUGGCUCUGACCUAUGACCCCACAGCCGCCAUACAGAACGGAUUUUAUUCUUCACCGUACAGUAUUGCAACCAACCGCAUGAUUCCACAGACAUCUAUCACGCCAUUCAUUGCUGCUUCCCCUGUCUCCACAUACCAGGGUGCUGUGAUUACACCAACCAUGGACCAUCCUAUGUCCAUGCAGCCAACCAACAUGAUGGGUCCCCUGACACAGCAGAUGAACCACCUUUCAUUGGGAACAACAGGAACGAUUCAAUCCCAAGACAGGAUUAUGAUACUCCACCAGCUGUUGUGUCAGUAUAUGACUGCUGCUGCUCCUAUGCAAGGGACCUACAUUCCCCAGUACACGCCUGUGCCUCCGACAGCUGUUUCUAUUGAAGGUGUCGUUGCUGAUACUUCUCCCCAGACAGUGGCACCUUCAUCCCAGGACACCAGUGGUCAGCAGCAACAGAUAACAGUGGACACAUCCAACGAACAUGCACCUGCAUAUUCUUACCAACAGUCGAAACCAUAAACAGAACUGAAGAAUGUUCAUCUGAAACUUUGCCUUGAAUGAAGAAACUUCAUUGAACAAGAAGUUAGUUGGCUUCCAGUUUGCACAGGCGUCAAUGGAAGGCUUUUUUUUUUUUUUUAAUUUUAUACUCUACUCGAUGAAAACAAAAAGUUUUUAUGUGCUGUGCAAAUGGUUCCUUUAUGUGGUCUGACAGUUUAUUUUUGCCAUCCUUUUUCUUUUUAUAAUUAAAGAAAAAAAAAUCCCAAGAAGAGGGGGUUAAACAUCACAGUUUUAUGUUUUAUCUAGAACAUUUAAAUUCAGAAUUUACCUGAAAGUGUAGAUAGAUCCUUUUUUUUUUUUUUUCUUUAACAGAAAACCUGAUGUCAAGAGGUGGGCAAACAGAAUUGGAACAAAUUGUCUUGCUCAGUAACUAAGCUACUUUCUCUCUUUUUCCUUUUUUGUUUAAAUCUUGUGUUUUUUUUAUUAAUUUUUUUUUUAGAAAUAUGUAGGUAAGGUUUAUCUUGAAUCUUAAUUGCCUUAAUUUUAAGGACGUCAAAGGCUCUCAAGGCAAGCUGUCAACGUCUUGUUAAAAAAAAAAUCAAGAAAAAUGGAAAUAUUGUGCCAGCUUUAACUGGUACAGAAGUUUAAGACUAUGAGUUUUUAGGGUGAAAAAAAAACUGUACAGUUUAAAAGAAAAUGUUUUUUCUUCAUUUGAAGAAAAUUUGUUGAUAAAAGAAACCAUGGCAACUGCAAGAAUUGGGAAAUGCUGGGACUUUUCAUGAACUUUGUCUUAAGUGUUGACACAAAUCAUUCUAGAAGGCUAAAACAUUUUACGGUAAAGUUAUUCAUGUUGGUUUUAAAACAACUGCAUUAGAAAUAAUGCGUGUUUGGGGGGCAGAAUGCAGAUUUUUUUUAUUUACAAAGCGUGAUUGCUAGCAAAAGCAUUAGUGCUUUUUAUCUGCAGUCUUUUUUAUGAGCUUUACAAAGUUUUUAGUCAGCUUUGCUUGUCACAUUGCAAAACCUAGCUUAAGAGCAUUAAAAAACAAAACAAAAAAAACUUAAGUAGAUAGGAGCUUAUGGUCAAAAAGUGC